GACAAAGUCGGCGAUGAAAGGGGAGUCAAAUCAAACCAGAAGCUAAUGGAAAAUGGCGGACAUUGAUCACUGGAUAGAAGUUGCCAAACAAUGCAAAUAUUUACCAGAAAACGAUUUAAAAGUUUGUUGAAAAUUAUAAUGCUUUUAUAAUUGUGUGAUUUUUUUUUACCAAUAGCUUAAAUUAAAUCAGAAGUACACUCCUUCUCUAAAUUAGUGAAAUUUAGUCCGGUUGUAGUCGCCAGUCAAUGAGUCAAAUGAAUGAAUGAGUCUCGAGUGACUUGAAUAUGAAUGAUAUGUGAAACUUGAAUGAGUCAAUUCAAUAAGAAGUCAGAAUCAGAGAAUUAUACUUAACAGAAUGCCUUUUUUAAUAAUAAAAUAAACUGACCAUAAACUGGUACUUCCAAUCAUGUAUUUAUUGUGGUUUUUAUUUGUUUAUCGAACUCGGGGGGGGGGGGGGGGGGGGGCGGUGUACCUCUAGCCUAGCAAAACCAUGGUCCGCCAUGGACCUAGGCCUGCAUACACCGUGGCGGUGUACCUAACAAAAUCAUGGGCUUAGAUUAGAUCUCGGUAAACAAUAGACAAUGGAAAAUAGACAAUUGUUCUAUGUAACAUCUAAAUCUAUGUUUUUACUUGGAUUUGUAGCCUGUUAGUUUAGAGUUGAAGCUCUUUUUUGACAUGCGAUGAACUAGGUUUAUACAUUAGGUCCAAUACUCAAAUUAAUCUGUGUUGGGUAAAAUGCUUUAUUUCAGUGUAUAAUUCAUGUUACUAAAGCAAAGGCAAGUUUUGCAUCCUAACUUAUUCUAUGAGCAAAUACUGGUAAAGAAAUCAAUAGAUUUGAGAAUCGGGCAGCUUUUAUUUUUAUUAUUUUAAGCUUUAUUAACAAAAAAUUUUUAAGUGUGCUUUCAAAGCGUUAACGAAAGCCAUCAGGAUAUAAGUUUUUAUCAUUUUGAAUCCAAGAUUUCGAAGAAGGAAAUAAUAAUAAGUAAUGUUAUCCAGCUGAUGGCUAUCAAUAGCAUCAGAUAUGAUACAUUUCAAUUGCUAUAGAGCUACUAUUUUAAUGUAUAGGUUUAUAUUUUUAAUCAUAGUGCUAAGAUCUAAAUGCUUUGUUGCUAUAGAUUUAAAAUGUAACUUUUUUUUCAGAAACUCUGUGACAUGGUAUGUGAGCUGCUCCUGGAAGAGUCCAAUGUUCAACCUGUUCAGACACCGGUCACUGUGUGUGGUGAUAUCCAUGGACAAGUAAGUUUAUUUUUUUUAUAGAAACAUUUUUAUUAAUUUCAUUGCUUAUGUCUAUGUGUUAAUAUUAUAAUUUAUUAAGAGUGGUCAGAGGAUUACUUCUGUUAUCUUAUAAUGGGCUAUUAAGUAGGGGUGUGCCGGAUCCGUUUUUUCCAACCGGAUCCGGAUCCGGAUUUUCUUAUGCGAAAUCCGCCGGAUCCGGAUUCCGGUUUCUCCCGGAUUCCGGAUUUUGGUACUAUUGGUAGAUACUUCGGUAAGUCAAGGUGGACUACUACUUUUUGUGUAUGGGAAUUCGCAAUCGGCGCCAAAAAAUCCGAGUUUUUAAUUUUCCGAUGUGUGUGUCUAUUUAUUAUUAAAUUAGUACUUUCGAUAUAUAUUUGAGUUCCGUUCCAUUUGGAUAAGUGUCUUACGAGAGACGCCAUGUUUCUACGCGUUCGCAGCAGGUUAUGCAGCUCGCUCAACCUAAUUUCGCCAUGGGGUUGGCCACGCCCCCCUUUUUAAUGGCGGAAGUUGACGAUACUUAGGAAAUAUUAAUUUAUUAUCACUAUUUACAUCAAAAUAAUUGAUAACUUGUGUUUCAGAAUGCAUUUAAAGACAUUUAAACUGGAAUGUUUUAAUUUGAGCUUUAACAACCCGGUAGAAUCCAUAUUAUAAAUGAUCAGAAUUUACCGUGUGCAACACGUUGUCAUUGGCAACCAUUCACAGCCACUUGCAUAACUGUAUCGUAGUACUACCUCAGAGUUUCAUUCAUAAGAGUUUGCCGUGUGCAAAAACUAUUAAACCAUUGGUCAGGGAAAGCUUUAAUUAAUUAUUCAUGUGCCAAAGUUGAAAGUUUAAACUAAGUCUAAACAGUAUUUUAGUGAUAAGGCAGGGAAUGCGUUGCCUUAUAUAAACUAUAUAGUCAUUGCGCAUGACGGGAUUGGUGGAAUGAGAUCACAGAAUGUGGAGAUGCAGUCCAUGUUAAAAAAUGACAAACCAAGUCGUACUUUAAAAAUUCAUAACUUUAAAACUACAACAGCUAAAAAUAUGAUUUUGGUGUUAUAAUUCUUUAAAAAAUUACAUCUUUUCAACUAUGCCAUUGGUUUAUUUUUACAAAAAGUUUAAAUUUUCUUAUCAAAGUCCCUACACUAUUGGCCACUAUUAGCGGUGCUGACUCUAGCCUCUGGUAUGUACGGAAUAUUAAACAUUAAACAAGCUCAACGCUCGAAACAAUCGAUUAAUGUAUCGUGAUCGUGUGAAAUUCGGGAAAGAGAAUUACUUUUAUUUCAGAUUAUGAUCCGGUGAGUCACAAAAUCUGGCAAAUUCCGAAAUCCGGUAUAUUCCGGAUUCCGGAAUCCGGUUGUUCCGGAUACAUGUAAAUCCGGCGGAACCGGAUUUCACCGGAUAGUGCAAAAUCCGGCGGAACCGGAUUCCGGACUGGGGUCCGGCACACCCCUACUAUUAAGUGCUGUAAAAAUUAUUUUUAAAAAUAUUUCUUUCUGGUGUUAUUAAUAGGAUAAAUGUUUAUAAUUCUUAACAUUUCAUUUUUCAGUUUUAUGACUUGAUGGAGCUAUUCAGAACUGGUGGGGAGAUGCCUGACACAAAUUAUGUAUUUAUGGUGAGCUUUUAAUUUAAUUUCAAAAAUUUAUUUCACUAUAUAAAUGGUCAAAAAUGACUACUUUCCAAUUUAAUAAACAUAUGAGCAGUGUGAGCCAUGUAUUUUUUUUAUACUGUUUCAGUAAAAAGCAAAUUACCAAAUUCAUUUCUGAAUGACCUAGCAUCAGUACUACAAAUGUUCAUAUAAUUCAUAAUGUUCAUUAACAAGCUAGUCAUGAACUGAGGUUCUUGUGUAUGGUUUCCAUGGUUAAUUUGGAUUACCCUUUGGGAACUGCUAAUACUUGGACUAAAGAAGUGUUUAUUGUUGAAUUAAAUUAAUCCACGUACAUUAAUAUGUGAUAAUCCCAUUGAUCAUAUGCAGACCUGCCAAAUUUUUCGGAAUUAUACAGAUUUUUUACCCCUCGUUCCGACUUUCCGACAAACCCCUUGAAAUUCCAAUUUUUCGAACUUUAUAACUUUUCACCCUUCAUAAAAAUCUGCAGGUACGACAGGAAGUGUUGUGUUUGUUUUGACUAAGUGUCUACAUGUCCAGCAAGCGGAUGAAUAAGUGAAUAAAUUCUCGAGAUAUUUGUCCGGCUAGUGUUUAUUCGACCAAGUCACAUGACCACUGUAACAUAGUUGCGUGAGAUAUGUGUCGUCAGCCUUGUCAUGUGACCGCUAAUAGUCAAUCAGAGUUUAUGGUACUUCAUUUCAACAAAUUCAAGAUAGUCUGGGAAUUUACACAAAAAAGAAAUAAGUUCAAUCAUAAAAAAGAAAUGCUAGAACCAUAUAUAAUGAACUAUUGGUUAAAAAGUGACAAUGUUUUUUAUAAAGCUUGGCACGCACGCCGGAUAAAUAUCUCCCGCACUAUUUGUCUGGUCGCCUGAUGUGUAGGCACUGCCUUGUUUUCAUCGAAGCGAACUGCGACCUUCAAAUCAUUCUUCAAUCAUCAAUUGAUCCCCGAUCACGAUUCAUCCUUUUUACAAGGCUAAAAAAAUAAUUCCAACUUUUUUUUUUUUUGUUAAAGCUUUUCUUAAUUAAAUGGUUAAAUAUAUUGAAAGUGAUGGGUACAAUGAUAUUAAUAAACGUUGAAGGAAAUAUUUCUUUAGCCCUAGCCAACUCCGAUCGUUUUAAUUUUAAUGCCAGAAUCAAAAAAUGUUUCCAGACUUACAGAAUGCUAGAAGUAGAAGUAGAAGAUUGUAAAGAAAAAUUACAAUGAAACAAGGGCAAGCAUGAAAGUUUAUACUUUUUCUAACUUGCUUGUAACUAAAAUCAACUGCAAUGCUAACCUUCAGUUGUCCAAAGAGCUGUUGGAGAGUGCAAAAAGGCCACUAUCACUAGGGAUAUGCUGGAAUACUGAACUCUUACUAAGAGUCUUAGCAGCCUGUGUGUGUGUACAUAUGUAAAUAAAAUGGAUUGUCUGUUCUGUUCUGUAUAUAUCUGUGUAUAUAAACAUUUCCAGUAAUGUUUGCCACAUGUUCUGUGGUGUUCUAUGGACCCUUUAAAGACGAUGGAGGUAACUUUAUAUUUCUUUAUUUACUAAAAAAAAAGGCGUGUGCAUUAGUAUAUAGAUGUUAAACUAACACCCCCCCUCCCAUGGGGCGCCUCCCCGGGGGGCAGCGCCCAACUUCGCCCCUGCGUGCAACCCCCCUUCAGAUUUUUUUUUCUUGACAGGUUGGCAGGUCUGUCAUAUGUGUUGUUUCAAUUUUAUUAUAAAAAUCUCACUUGCUUUGUAUUGUUGACGAACUCAAGGUAGUUUGAAAUAUUUUCUAAUAAAAAGACAUGAUCUUAAGUAAUUUUAAUAUUCUUACAAUUUAUGGUCAUCUAUAUAUCAUCAUUUUCUUAAUCUGUAUGUAUUUGCUUUCUUCUCUCCUUAGGGUGAUUUUGUGGACAGAGGCUACUUCAGUUUAGAAACAUUCACACUCCUCCUCACACUCAAGGCCAAGUAAGUUAAAAUAAUUUCUAUUACUUGUUACAUUAUUUUUAAAAACAGUCUUUGAAAUCCCGACAUUAAUAUAAAAAAAAAUUUGAGAGUUUACAUAAGGUGAGUAGACAAAAUCUGAGAAUUUCAUUUUAUGAUAAACAAAGUAGAGGAAACCUUAGCAGGAUGGAUCUUGUUUUUUUUUUAAAUUUAUGUAUAUAGUUAACAAAUUAGUAGCAGUUUUGCAACUGUGAAAUAUAAAAAAUAAUAUAACUUCAGUGGAUAAAAAUGCAAUGUCUUGGCCUACCUAUAGUUACAGGACUUCCUCAAAUAAAUAGUAUCUCUAUAUCUUAAUGUUUUUUUAACUUAUAUUUUUUUCUAGGUGGCCGGACAAGAUAGUGUUAUUAAGAGGAAACCAUGAAAGUAGACAGAUCACACAGAUUUAUGGGUUUUAUGGUGAGUAUCCAUAUUGUUCUUUCAUUUGCUUCACUUGAGUUUACUGUUUGUAAAAAAAAAUUAUGCUUAUCAGUUAAUUAAGGCAAAUAAUUGGGGAAAAGAAAAAGCGGUAUAGGAAAGAUUUUUAUCAUAUCAUCUUAGGGACCAUCUAUAAAUGACAUCACGCAAAUUUUGCAGAUUUUUACCCCCGUCCCCCCAUUGCCACAAAAAGUUAGACCACUCCCCCCUCAAAUAUAACGUCACCCCCCCCCCACCCCCAUAAAAAGUCCCUGCGUCCACUACAAUCCUUUACAAACCCUUAAGAAGUUCCCCUCCCUUGGAUAUCAAAUUACUGCACCUCUGUGAGAAACAUUUCAUUUUAGCUAGAACAGUGGUUCUUAACCAGGGGUAAAAGUACCUCCCCAGCCCUGAGGUGUGGAAGACCAGAAAAUUGUAUUCAUUUGCGUAGCUGGGGGUAGCGGAACAUACCGGGUGACACCAUCUCAAGGGGCUACACCAAAUUGAAAAAUUGCGUAUUUACUGAGCACACACUGCUCGGUCUAACCGUAAUUCAUUAAAGGAUAACAGAUGACAAGUUUAAUUUUCCACCCAUGUAACCAACCAAAAUGCAUGUUUUAUUAAAAUUUCAAGGUUGAUGCGUAGACAAUUAGGUUACCUUAUUAUUAGGUCAGAAACACACUGUUUGACCAUUUUUCAACACCAAAUUAAGUGUUCUGUAACUUUUGUAAGUGACAGGAAGCUAUUUUUAUCUAAAUUCUUAUAAAUACAACUAUCCUUUGAUAACAAUGGGGGAUUCUAAGUUUCGUUGCAGUUCUUAAAUACAUUUACCUCUUGACCUGCAAUUAAUGUGAUUUUGUUCUUUUAUAUGUUAUACUGUGGACUAAGUUUAACAAGAAAAAUUACAUCGUGAAAGUCGAGGUGGGGGGGGGACACCACAAGCUUACCGGACAGGGUGAAAUAAACUCUAGCUACGCCACUGAUUGUAUUUGCUGCCAUAGCUAGAUGUUGCUGUUUUUUUUUAAAAUAAGUUUUUAUGCAAUUUGAUUAGCAGCAGUAAAUGUUUUUCUGGUGAAUUUUGUUGGAGCAUUGCUUGUAUUGGUAAUUUUUUCCAAUAUUUAUAGAAAGGUAAUUAAAGAAAUAAAACUGUGAUAACCAAAUUAUUAAAUUUUAACAUUUUUUUUUUUACAAUAUAGGGGGGGGGGGGGGGGUUGUGAGUGUUUAAAAGUUAAAACAGAGUCUGCAUGCAGUGCUGCAAAAAAAGGUUAAGAAUACCUGCCCUAGAGCAUUUACUAAGAUAAUUCCCUCCCCCCCUUACCUCAGUCAACCAUUUUCAUUCCACCCCACUUCAUGCGGUAGGCCCCUAGUCCUAAUUCUAUGACUCCCGUAUCCACAUUGAGCCAUAAAUUCUCGUCAUUGUAACUACAUUGUAAUUUUCCUCCCCGCUAGCGUGCUGUAACUUGAUCAUAGGCCAUUUUUCAGACCUCGCAUACGUGUACCUAUUCUCUCAGAGGUCCUACUUUAAAAAUAAAAUAAUUAUAAUUGUUGUAUAAAAAAAUAAUGUUUAAAAAGGUCUGUAACUUAAGGUUACUAAGUGCAUUCUGCUCUACAAUAUUCCGCUUUUUAUGUAACGUCACAUUGCUUGAGGCUCUCUCCCCCCCCCCCCCCCCCCGCCCCUAUUUAGCCGGGUGACGUCAUUUAUGGAUGGACCCUUACCUAAAAGAGCAUGAUUAUUUUAAUUUUUAACUUGGCUUUAGGUUUUAUAUAAAUAUUUUUUGGUCAUGUGUUAGCUGUUUUUGUUUUCCCCUAGAUGAGUGUCAGUCCAAAUAUGGGAAUGCCAAUGCCUGGAGAUACUGUUGUAGAGUCUUUGACCUCCUCACCAUAGCAGCGGUAAAUAAAUCAUGUCAUUUGAUACAUUACUGAUAAUACCCAAAUAUUGACCCAUCGAGGAGGCUGACUUUGAAUAUUUAAACAAUUAGUGGAGCUAAUUUAUGAUCUGUCUGCCACACAUUAAUAAAAAAAAUAUUUAAACAAUUUUGACCUGGAGUAAAUACCAUUGUAUGACUGGCAUCUUGUAUUAACUUAUGUUCAAACUACACAUAUGGCUUUUAGAAUCUUAGCAUAUUAUAUUGUAAAUAGAACAGCCUCUCUUAAUGUUACUGAAUAUGUGCAAAUAUUUAUUUUUAUUUCUUUAUUGUGUAGAUCAUUGAUGAAGUUAUCCUGUGUGUGCAUGGAGGUCUGUCACCAGAUAUUAAAACUAUUGACCAGAUCAGGACUAUAGAAAGGAACCAAGAAAUUCCACACAAAGGAGCAUUCUGUGGUAAGCAUUUUUAUAUAUUAAAUUUCACCACUUUUUUUUUGGUCAUGUAUAGUAUAAUUUGUCAAACUGCACAAUUCUUGUUUAUGAUAAACAGUUUUUUUUUUCAGUAAGAUAUAAUUAUUUAAAAUUGACCCUAAUAAUAGCACCUUUCUCCAUUUAAAAUUGACCACCAUGGCAUGCACCAUCCUACAUUUAAAAUGUACCAUCAUGGUAUGCACCAUCUUAUAUUUAAAAUUCACAAUCAUGGUAUGCACCAUGCUCCAUUUACAAUUGAUCAUCAUGGUAUGCACCAUCCUACAUUUAAAAUUUACCAUCAUUGAAUUGAAUUGAAUAUUUAUAUAGCUCUAGUAUCCAUGCUACUUUAGCAUGCUCACAGCGCUCUGAUGUUCUUAAAUCUCUUUAAAGAAAAUUUUCUUUAAAUGUUUCUUAAAUGAUUUUUUAUCAUUUUCAAUUUCCCUUAAAGAUUGGGGCAAACUUUUCCAUAAUUUUGUCGCUAUCGCUUCAAAGGAGCGCACUCCAUAUGACUUUUUUCUGUGUCCAUCCACACUGGGAACUCUCAGUGAGGACUGCAGUUUCUUUAAGGAUACAUGUUUAUAUCCCAGUGCAGAGCCUUCUAUACUGCUGUACGUAAGAGACAGAAUUUUGUGGUCAAUGCUCUCACUCAUGAGAAGCCAUUGGAGAUCUCUAAGAACUUGGGUGAUGUGGUCAAAUUUCUUAAUUCACGAUGCAGUGCACGCUGCAGUAUUUUGAACCUUCUGGAGUCUCUUAAUUUGGUUCUGAGGUAAACCCCACAAACAACUGUUAACAGUAAUCUAAUCUUGACUGGAUUAGAGUUACUGCUACGCCAUUGGCUGUUCUCUUAUUGAGUUGAGGACACAGCUGACCCAGGGCGCUCAUUUGACUGAAACAAGCCCUGACCACAGAACUGACAUUGAGAAUCAUUCUAAGUUUACUGUCAAUAUAAAAGUCAAGGUCUCUGACAGUGGAAGACAACAGGAUCUCAGAAUCACCAACUUUUAUUAUAUUGAUGCGAUGGCAACUUUCCGAAGAUCGGUGUCCGAACCACAAAUAAUUGCCUCAGUCUUAUCGUCAUUUAAUUUUAGUCUGUUUGAUGACAUCCAUUCUUUCACAACAAGUCAGUAGUCCUCGACAGCCUGAACAGCAGCAGCACACUCCAAAGAAUCAGGGCAGAAACACUUGUACAGUUCUGUGUCAUCCGCAAACAAUUUGCGGGAAAUACCAUGACUUUCAAUAAUUCUGCCGAGCUGGCUAGUGUACAUGUAGAACAGAAUAGGUGCUAAAGCUGAGCCCUGUGGCACUCCGCAGGUAACGAGUGUCCAUGGAAGAUGCUUGCUUCACUACAAUACGCUGAGUCCUGUCAGUCAGAUAAGAAGAAAACCAGCGAAGUGCCGUUACAGAGAUGCCUGCCUCAUUCAGAGGUCUUGAUAGAAGAAGCUCAUGGUCAAUCACAUCAAAAGCAGCACUGAGGUCCAACAGGACCAAUAGUAUCAGAUUGCCGCGGUCAGCACUAUGAAGAACAUCAUUCAUGACAGUGCUGUGUCAAGGUGGAUAUGCAGAUUGAAACUUAUCAAGCACGUCAUAAGUGCUAAGAAGCUGCACAAUCUGCUGUGACACAACUCUCACAAGAAUCUUAGAUAUAAAGGGCAGGUUGGAGACCGGGCAAAAAUUCUUGCAGUCAUUUGGUUCCAGGCCAUUUUUUUAAGCAGAGGCUUGAAGAGACGUGGGACUGCGGCAGACUGAAGGCUAAUAUUCACGAUGUUAACCAGUUCAGGAAGCAAGACUUCCAGACAGUCUAAAACAAUCUUGGUUGGGAUGGGGUCAACAAUAGAAGAUGUAGGUUUAGAUACCAUGAUUAUAUGUCGUCUUAACUUGUUCAUGGGAAACUGGGGAAAAUGUCACUAGAGGGUUGCCUUCAAAGACAUUCUCCUCUGCAGACCAAUCACAAAGUUCCCCAAAGCUCUUUCUGAUUGCUUCAAUUUUAAGUUUAACUGCAGCUUGCUGGCUUUCAUGUCAGGCAAAACAAGGGGUGCUGAUUUCUUCCCGAGAAGGUCGUUCACCCCAGAGAACAUCUUGCGAGAGUCAGUACCUAUUGCCUUAAAGAGAGAUUGAAAAGCUCAGACUUAGCGUGCUGGAUUUCUUGCACUUACAUGUUCCAUGCUGUCAGAAACAAUAGUUUUUACAUUUCAUGACCACGUCUCCAACACUUUUCACUUCACUAACUCAGUCCCAGAAAGACAAUUCCAAAAAGAAUUAAUAUCCAUCUUCUUUAAGUGGUAUGCACCAUCCUAUAUUUAAAAUUGACCAUCUUGGUGGACACUAUCCUCCAUUUAACUUUUCUCAUGGUGUUAUAACACCUUUUAACAAUAAAAUCAAUUUUAUUGAGGAGUUCCUAAAUUGUUUUUCAGAUUUAGUUUGGUCUGAUCCUGAAGAUGUAGAUUCUUGGGCCAUGAGCCCCCGAGGUGCUGGGUGGCUUUUUGGGUCAAAGGUUACUAAUGAGGUAGGUUUGUUUGAUCUAUCAAAAAUACAAUUCUUCUGUGAAUCUCAAACUUUUUCUUGCCUGCACAUCUCAACACAUCCAACAAUAAUUAUAUAGUACUUGUAAAUUCAAUUAUUUUUAACAAGUUUAAUUUGACUUAAUGAUUAAUGAUGGAAAAUGUUCAAUAUACUAUGUUUCAAAAUCUACUAUGAAACUUACACGAUAUAAACAAAUCUCAUUUACUCAAAAUUUCUAUCAUUGUCUUUAGAAAAUAAAAAACUCACACUUAGUUCAGCAUAAAAAAUAGUAAAAAGUAACCUUCAUUCUAACUCUCAUCUGUGCGUUGAUUUGACAGUUUGUGACACUCAACAGCUUGAAGUUGAUAUGCCGUGCUCAUCAACUUGUUAAUGAAGGUAAAUAUACUUAACUGUUGGUGCUGCUCCCAACCGUGUAUUGCUUGGUCCAGUCUCAUUUCUAUCUUUCUUGCAAUGGAAAAUUUCCUUAUGUUUAUAUAUCAUUGAUUCAUUUUUUGAGUGGCACCUACACAGACAUUUAAAACUGAUAUCUAUGAACCUUCCACUGUGCUGCAGCUUAUUUGUUAAAUUAAAAUAAAAUAAUCAAAUUCAAUGUCCAAACGAAAGUACCUAGCACUUCAUCUACUAUUUUGUCAUUUUAAAAAAAAUACAUUUAUCAUUUUAAAUCAGCUUCCUUGGCAGUAUAUUCAUUUUAAGAAAUACAAUCAUUAAUGAUUAGUGAUAUCAAAUGAUAUGUCACUUUUAAUUUAAUGCAGUGGCCAAAGAGCAGCAUGACUUUGGUUGUUGUUGUUUUUUUCUUUAGUCAUUUCUCCUUUCUUGAUAUUAAGACUCAUUUACGUUCUUUUUCUCCAGGUUACAAAUUUAUGUUUGAUGAGAAGCUCGUUACUGUCUGGUCAGCCCCCAACUACUGCUACCGGUGUGGCAACAUUGCCGCUGUUCUUGCGUUCACAGACCCCGACCACAGAGAGGCCAAGCUGUUUCGGGCUGUUCCUGACACUGAGCGAGUCAUCCCGCCGAGAAACCAGACACCUUACUUUUUAUAGAGUGUUCCUGUAUUUAUUGUAUUCUAAGCUAAAGGUAAUCAUGCUAAUCCAAAGUGUCAGUAUGAGGUUUUUGAAAAAUAGAAUGUAGAAUCCUUUCAUAAAUCUAUUUGAAAUUUAAAAUAUUGAUGAAUCAAAUUAAACCAAAUCCUUGAUAUAAAAUUGAAAACAGGUUAAAAUUUGUUGUUUUUUCCCCAUUUCUAUGGAGUUUUUAUGUUCUAGUUUUCCUAUAAAAGCUAAAAAAAACUUAUUUUGAAUGAUGUUAAUAUUCCUUCAAUGUUGAUAAAACUAUAAAGUUUAAUCAUGACAAUAACUAUGUACAGACAAAGAAUUAACUUUUUUUUUUUCUUUCCUCUCACAGUCAUGUCAUUUCUGAUAAUAUAUUAAAGUUCUGAGCUAAGAGAAGGUUUUAUAUAUGACCAGAAAGUUGAUACCAUUCUCACAUUCAUUAAGCAUUUUUUAGGUCCAGUCUCACUGAAAUUUAGACACUUCUUUCUGUAAAAUCAAGAAAUGUUCCCGUCGUCUUCCCUUGACACAAAAGUACAUUUUUAUACGAUCAAAUCUGAUGAUUUUUCCAAUAUUUUGUUUAAUGAUCGUUUCAAACAUAUUUAAAAGCAAUUUCCUUUGUCAUUUACAUGUACCAUUCACAGCACGUUCAAAUUAAAAUUAAUCUAGAUUGAAUGUAAUAAUAAAAUGUAUUUAAAGAAUGUUCAAAUUUUUAUCAGAGUAAUGGGGUCUUGAUUUGUCACGACAUGUAAUUCUCUCCCCUUUGUUUCCUAAUUUAUUUUAAAAAAUUCCUGAAGUGUUCCUUAUAUUAAUUUUCCCAGUCCUUGAAUGAGAACCGAUGGAAUUUAAAUUUUUUAGAAAAUCUGAACACUUAAGUACUACAUUUUCCCUUCAUUUGAACUUGUUUUGUUCAAACACACCGGGUCUAUUUUCAUGUUUCUUUUUUGUUAAUUACACCUAAUUUUUUUUUUUCUCUAUUGAAUAUUAAGUAGCUUAUGUUUUACCUGAUGAAUGUUGGCAGUGGUGUUGAAAGUUUGUAAUGGAAGUCAUUGAGUGAGGCUAACUUGUGAUGAGUAGGCUUGUAAAAAGGUUACUUAAUUAUGUUGUUACAUUCGAAUAGAAUUCUUUUACAUGUUCAGCUUAGAUGUUAAACCAAAUGAAUAAAUUGUUGAAUUAGAAAUGUAUUAGUUAAAUAAAAAAUUGUAUUUUUUGGUCACUUGAAAAAAGAGAUCAAAGACAAUCGCUUGUCAAAAAUCUUUAAAAUUUCUAGUGCAUUUUUAGCAUGGAAGAGUCAAGGUAGAAAUUAUGUAGAGACAAAAGUUGAAAGAACAAGAAAAUAAUUAUGUGUUUUUAGAAAAUGCCAUUUAAAAAUUAUUGACUUCACAAAUGUUUAUGCAAAAAUUACUAUAUUUCCCAGCAUAUAGGAUACUGCAGUAAAUAGGAUGCAUCCCCUUUUUAUAAACAUUUAAAAAUAUAAAAAAACGUAUACAUUUUUUUUAUUAAUUUCCAUUUUGUUCACAUUGAAUAAAUCCUAAUUUUAGAUGUCGGUGAUUCUGAAAUCUAUUUUUACUAAAGUUAUCCCUCUUUCAGUAAUGAAGCAAAUGACAUAUAUAUCACACACGUUAUCUGGACAGUGGAUAAAAAAAAUUACGUAAGUGAUUUAUUUGAAACAUAUGUAUAUUAUUAUUAAUAUCAACCAUAUGUUUUAGAUUGAUUGCAAUUAAAACUUCACUCAUAAUUUUGAUUACCGGGGUAGAAGAGGCACCCCAUAUUUUAGUCCUAUUUUGAGAAGAAAGUGUGUCAUAGUCCUACACGCCGGCAAAUACGGUAUAUUCUCAAUAGUGAAAACUUAAGAUAAUUUUUGUUUUUGUUUAAUGUAGUUCAAAGUUGAGCAAUGAGUGCAGUAUGAGUUACAUCCCACUGCCUCUAUGUGAACUUGUGUCAGGUGUCCAGUGUGAUCCUCAUCAUGUUACAGUUGCUUGUGUCAGAUGUUGGUUUUUUUGACAUACAUGAUAUUAACGAUGAUGAACAUAAACAAACAUUUUAAAAUACCUUGAAACAAGAAUAAAAAGCUCAUGAAGAGUUAACAUUGCCA